AUGGACAGGACCUUGCGAGUCAGCAUACUCUCGGCGAAGGCCCAGGAGGCCCGGCGCUACUUCAUCUCCAUACGCGCGAUGUACCCGGUGCCCCAGACGCACCAGCCUCCGUCGCGGGACAGCGCCGCGCGCACCGACCUCAGCGGAGCCUCGGAGACUCCAACCUUCCUCUCACGGGUGCUGCACCUCAAGACGCGCCAGCGCCUCGUGGACACCUUCCAAUCCACUGGCGGCAUCGCCACGUUGGAAGUGGAGGUCUACACGGCGCCGAAGAUCGCCGAGCGGCACCGCCCGCUGUCCGCGGGCGGCCGCGAGCGGCCCAUCCUCGUCGCGUCGGGCCGCCACGUCAUCAACGGCCGCGCUGCCGAAGCGAUCAUGGGCGGCGACACCAUUCAGCUUUCGAUGGACCUACCGGCGUCUGAGGAGUACAUGGGGUACAUGGAGCGCACGGGCGCGGCUGCGGGGACGUCCUCGCUGCUCGACACGCGCGCCGACGGCGACGCGGAGGCCGAGGGGGGGGCCACUGCCGCACACCCCCCGGGGAGCGACUCCGAGGGCGAGGACGGCGGCGGCGGCGCGGCCAAGGUCCGCGCGGGCGCGAAGGCGCCGGCGACGGCGUUCUGGCUCGCGCUCGAGGUCAUGCACGCCGGCUCGAUCCGCGGGCGGACCUUCAACACCGUCGCCGAGCGCGACGCGGCCCCCACGGGGCAGGACGACAUCGCGGAGGCGGCGCUGCACACCUUCGGCGCGCAGUCCGGGCACGAGGACGCCGCGGACGGCGCCGCUUCGCCGCGCGACGGCCCGCCCGACGCGCUGGCGCGGACAGCGACGAUGGGGCCUGGCGCCAGCGGUCGCGUCGACCUGGGGGCGAUCAAGGGGGUGUCUGUGGGUCCGAAGCGGCUCCCCCGCGCGAAGACGCUGCCGCGGAAGCUGUUCAAGGCGGCCGCGGGGUCGCUGGCGCUCGCGGGUCCGAAGACGGAGCCGUCGAAGGUUGGGACGGUGCGCGUGCUGGUGCACGGGUGCGACGGCGUGCCGAACCUGUCGCGGGACGACAGCGGGCUGCUGCAGCCGCCGUCGGUGAUGGUCGCCGCGAAGACGCUCGCGGAGGCCGAGGCUGGGAAGCGGGCGGCGGCGGUGACGCGCGCAGCCGAGGGGAACGACCCGCGGUUCCACGAGGUGCUGGAGCUGCGCGUGCCGGACGCGUCGAUGGAGCAGGAGCGCGUGAUGCUGGCGCUCGUGAACAGCCACCGGCCGGACGAGGUGGUGUCGAAGGUCGAGAUACCCCUGGGGGGGUUGCACCCCGCGGUGCAUUAUACCAUGGACGUGGCGCUGGGGGAGUUCUCCGGGUCGGCGUCCGCGGGGCAGGGCAUCGCGGAGCGCCACUCGCGCAUCGUGCUCACCGUCUGGAUCGAGUCGUCCGCGCACCGCCUCUGCUCCAAGUACGCCGACCUGCGCGCGUCGGACUUCCACCUCCUGCGGUGCGCGAUGGCGCGGCCGUCCGUGGAGGCCAUGGCGGAGAAGCGCGGGCGCAAGGGCGUCGUGAUGAUGCGCUGGCGCCUCGGGCUGUCGGAGGUGACGGUGGAGCGGCCUCGCGCGAUCGACAUUUACGCCCCGAGCGCAAAAGUGGUGUCGGAGGCGGCGGCGGUCGCGACGCGGCAGAUGACGCGCACGGACGGACAGGUGGUGCUGGACGUGGUGCCGGCGUUCUACUGGGACGGGCGGCGGAUCACGGCGACGUACGCGGGCGACGCGGGCGACAACACGCAGGCGCAGCUGCAGGUGCGGCUCAUGUCGCCGUCGUACCGCGACAUGGAGGUCCUGGCGUGCGACGCGUACCUUUUCACGGGGAUGAAGAAGCACGAGCACCUCUUCACGGCCACCGUCACCAUGCGGGACCUGAUCGGCCCGGGACACCCCCUGGGGGAGUUGAGGGUGUUCGACAAGCCCGUCGGGCUCUGGUCCGCGGAGGGCAGCCCGAGCGUCGCGCUCCAGAUCCUCCCCACCGACGCUGACAUCGAAUUCACCACCCUGAAGGACAAGUUCAACGUCCGCGGCAUCGUCGGCGACGACGAGCUGUUCCCGGACCUGGACGAGGCCGCCCGCGAGCUCGAGCGCCUCGCGCAGAAGCCUGGGGAGGGGUUGGUGGGGAUGUUGAUGCUGGUCCAGGCGGUCCUGCACGCCGUGUCGGUGCGCAGCGAGCGCGCGGAGCAGUGGGGCAUGACGAACGAGUGGCGGCUGCGCGAGGCCAAGCAGCGAGAGAAGGAUCUCAUGACUGACAUGGGGCAGAUGGAGAAGCUGGUCGAGGCGGAGCGGGAGCAGCGGCGGCGCGCGCUGAGCUCCGCGACGGACCUGGUGAACCUGCCCAAGGAGCAGCUCGUCGAGCGCGCGCACAUCCUGCACGACGCCCUCGAGAUGGAGCGCGCCAAGUCCGCGGACCUCGACGCGAAGUGGCAGAAGGGUCACCGCGACCUGGUGGCGGCGCGCGUCGCCGUCAAGAAGCUCCAGGAGCUCCAGCGGGCGUACAUGGAGCAGCAGCAGGCGAUGCGGUCACGCGAGGAGGACGUCGAGCGCGUGGGGGCCCUCAAGCGCACCAUCCUGAGUCAGGAGGGGGUCAUUGCCAAACUCGAAGACGUCAUCCAGGGUCUGGUCAAGGAGAACAAGAGCCUGAAGCAGGGCGAGGCGGCGCGCCGGCGCGAGCUCGACGUGCUCUCGGAGCAGCUCCGGCGGUCGCUCGGGACCGCGGCGGACGCGGACGUGUUCGGGAAGAUGCAGGACCGUACCAAGGAGCUGUGGCGGGACCUGGAGGACGCGCGGCGGGCGCGCGUGGAGGCGGAGGACGCGCUGCGGGAGGAGCAGCGGCGGCGGAUGCAGGCGGAGACGACCGUGCAGGCGCUGCAGCAGGAGAUACAGGACCUGACGAAGCGCACGGGCAUCGAGAUGUCCCAGUGGCGCGCCAAGUACGCCGAGGCCGUCGGACGCGCCGGUGGCGGCGCCGCGCCGCCCCCCGCCCCCACUGCAACGGGCCCUCCCCCCCAGGGACGCGACACAAGCCUCUCGCCGGGACGAGCGCGCCCCGGCGGACCCCCGGGGGGACCCCCCGGCGGCCGUGGAGGUCCUCCUGGGGGCCGCGGAGGCCCCGGCGGCCGCGGACCGGGCUUCGCCGCGGCCGGCGGCGCCGUCAUGGCUGCGGGGCGUGGUCGCGGACCCCCCCCGGGGGGUCGCGGCGGACCGUCCCCGCUCCGUGGGGCCUCUCUCUCGCCCCCGCGUGGCGCGGGCCCGCCUGCCGGCCCCAGCAUGGCUGGUCGUGGCCGCGGACCGCCCGGGGCGGGCAUGGGGCGCGGACCCCCGCCGCGGCCGCGUCCGGUGUCGGUCGAGGGCGUGGGCCGCCAGGCACCGCGCCGGGACGAGGCCCUCCGCCUGGAACAGCGCCUGGGCGGGGACCCCCGGGCCGCGGGCGCGGGCCGCCGGCGCCCGGUGCCAGCGCAUCGUCGCGGUCGGUGGCGGGCCGCCUGGCGGGCGCGGGCCGCCACCGGGGGGCCGAGGGCCGCCGCCUGGUGGCCGCGGACCCCCACCUGGGCGUGGGAGGGGCCCGCCGGGGCGCGGACCGCCGCAGGCCCUCGGAACGGUGCGGGAGGGUUGAGUUGA